AUGGUGACCGCUACAUCCACUUCCAGCUCUGCGGGCUCUUCUACCACUGCUCCUACUACGCGCAGGGCAGCGCUCGCCCGUCUUUCACUCAAAGGCAAGCUCUACCAAAAGGGAACUUCCACAGAUGCGCUACUCAAACGCGUGCGUCAGGUUCGCACCGAACUCAGCGAGAUGGAUCAGGAUGCCGUCGACGUCAACUCGCUCAGGGACAUCUGCAAGGAGCUUGUCACACCGGCGCUGAUGCUUCAUAAAGACAAAGCGGUCAAGGCCAACGUUGCCUGCUGUCUAGCCGACAUGCUCCGCCUCUUUGCUCCCAACGCGCCUUUCACCCCUUCGGAGCUGCGUGAUAUCUUCCAGUUCUUCCUUCAUCAGCUCACCAUGCCGCAAGCCGGACUCUCCAAACCCAACGGCCCGCAAUUCCCCGAGUACUUCUACCUCCUCGAGAACCUCAGCAACGUCAAAUCCGUCGUGUUGAUCUGCGACCUCGCCAAUGCGGACGAGCUCAUGACCGAAUACUUCAAAGGCUUCCUCGAUCUCGCGCGGCCAGAUAUGUCCAAGAACGUCGAGAUCUGCAUGGCCGAUGUGCUCGUUCAGCUCAUCGACGAAUGCGUCACCCUCCCAUCCGAAGUGCUCGAUUUGCUCCUCGCCAACUUCACCCCCAAAGCCAUCAAGCACAACCCCUCGGCACAUCGCAUCGCCGUCGAGGUCUGCUCCAAUACCAAGGAUCGUCUGCAGAAGAACGUCGCCCAGUACUUCAACGAGGUCAUGAUCUCCGCCACGCAGGAAGACGACCAGGACGAACGCCUCGAGAGUCUACAGAGCGCCCACUCGCUUAUCGUGCAGAUCAACCGCGUCGUGCCUUCGCUGCUCCUCAAUGUCAUCCCACAGCUCGAAGAGGAGCUGCGAGCCGAAGAUGUCCAGCUUCGCGUGCUCGCCACCAAAGUGCUCGGCCAGAUGUUUUCUGAAAAACCCUCGUCCACAGCUGCCGAGAGCAGCGAUCUGGCGCGAAGAUACGUCGGCACUUGGCGGGCAUGGCUUGGCAGAGCCAACGACAAGUCGUCCAGCUUGCGUGUCGUCUGGGCCGAAAGCACCCGACCCAUUCUCGUUCACCACCCAGAGUUACGUCACGAUCUCACACCCAUCCUCGAAAACAAGCUGCUCGAGCCCGACGAGCGCGUGCGUGCAGCCACUGCCAAGAUGCUUGGUUCGCUCGACUACGAGACGGCGCUGCAUCACGUCGAAAAGUCGGUGCUGCUCAAGUUGGCGGAUCGAUGCAAGGACAAGAAGACAUUGGUGCGCAAGGAGUCGCUCGAGGCCGUCGGCAAGCUGUUCGACAUGGCGUAUUCAGAGAUCGACAACAACGACCCUGCUGCGAUUCAACAGUUCGCAUGGAUCCCGCAAGAGGUGUUCAAGUGCCUGUACGCUGGUGGCAUCGAUCUGCAGAUCCUUGUUGCCGCUACCGUGGAAAAAUACAUUCUCCCCAUUCCUGCCAACCUCGACGAUGAUGAGGCGGCAUGGACGAACCGUCUCUUGCUCGUCAUGAAGUAUCUCGAGCCCGAAGCAACCAAGGCGCUGCUUCGCAUCAGCAACCUCAUCUUUGCGCGUCCAGCCUUACCCGACCAUUUCCUCGAUUGCUGCGAACAGUACAACGGAGGCGACGUUGCACCGGGCAAGGACUCCAACGUGGUCAAGACGGCCAUGGCCGAUCGCAUCCGACGCUGCGCCACGCUCUUUGCCGACUCGGAGCGUGCCAAGACCGAUUUGCACGCCUUUGCCAAGCUGAACGACACGCGCAUCUACCGUCUCAUCCGCACCUGCUUUGAUCCGCAGACCGAUCUCAAGACGGCGGUCAAGAGCCGUAACGAUGCGCUGCGACGCGUCGAGAAUGCCAAUGCCAGCAUGCUCGAUACGCUCACCGUCUUUAUUCGAAGCGGCUCUUACUUUAUCCUGAACCGGUCAUCGGUGCCGACGCUCAUCCGCAAGCUUUCGCACACUUCUUCUGCAUCUCAACAGCGAUCCAAGGCGUCAGCGUCGUCGUCGUCAUCUCAGUCGCAGGGCGGAAGCGAGCUCAGUGACGCCGAGACCCAUCGCGCUUCGGCCAAUGAGCUGCUCGAGUUUAUCGCCAAGCGAUGUCCCGCUAUGCUGGCGAUGCACGUGCCGGAGCUGUGCAAGGCGCUGUUUGACGAGUCGAACGCGAUGCUGACCCAGACCUGCUUGCAGGGGCUCGCUGCGGUUGCGCAGUGGAAUGCGGCCAAAGUGCAGCUUGACAAGAAGGCGGUGGAGCGGUUGGCGAAACUUGUGCUCAAGGGUACACCGUUGCAGGCCAAGUUCGCGUCCAAGCUGCUGGCGAUCGUUGCGACGGGUGGAGCGCGCGGCGGGCGCAAGGCGGCCGGACAAAAGGCGGGCACGCCGGGCACAUCUGUGUCGAGCAGCGUUGCGUUUGGCGUGCUCGAAGAGGUGCUCGACUCGCUCGCCAAGCAUCUUGCCACCGCCAAGCCCGAGCGACAGGUAGCGAUCCUGUACAGCUUGGCGCAGCUUUUCAAGCAUGCACCGGAUGCGUCGGAGAACGUCAGUAGCACCGUUGUGCGCACCAUCCUGUCGGACAUCCUGCUCAAGCCGCUGCCGGCGUCCAAGGCCAAGGCGUAUGCAAAUGGAGGGGAGGACUGGAUCGAGGAUGCAGCGGUAGACCACGAGUUGCGCGCCAAGCUGCUGUCGCUCCAGGUGCUGACGAGGCGGUGCGAGGCGUUUGGCGAGACGGACAGUGCCGGUGAUAUGGCCAAGCCCAUUUUCAGAUUGUUGUGGGCGGUGGUUGGUGCAGGCGAGGCGAAAGCGCUGGGUACACCCGCCGCGGCGAAAUCGAGGAUGCGGCUGCAGGCGGCUGUGUGUGUGCUCAAGCUGGCGCGUCAUCCGAGCUACGAUGCGUGCAUUGGGCGCGAGUAUCUCGAUCUGGCGUUCACGGUGCAGGACGAAUCGUUCAAUGUGCGAUCGAGGAUCCUGCACAAGCUGCUGAGCUACUUGCAGGCACGCAGGAUCGACGGCCGCUUCUUGGCCAUGGCGUUCCUGGCGGCGUAUGAUCCGGAGGACGAGAACCGCAACAUCGUGCUGCGGUACUGCCAGUCGGCAUCGCGCGCUAUGCCGGCGGAGCAAAGGCUGAAGUAUCUGGAUGUAUCGUUCGUGCGGCUGCUGCAUUUGCUGGCGCAUCAUCCGGACUUCUCACGAGAGACGAAAGAGGACAUGGUGCAGUUUGUUCGCUACCUGGAAUUCUUCUUGGAUGCGCUGGCGAGCCCGGCGAACGUGUCGUUGUUCUUCUACCUUGCGACGCGAGUCAAGGGAGUCAGGGAUGCAGAGAGCCAGGGCGCUAGCGAGGGGCUGUAUGCCUUGUCCGAAUUGGCGCAGCUGGUGAUCAAGAAGAGGGCGGCGCAGUGCGGCUGGGCGAUCGAGAGCUAUGCCGGCAAGGUCACGUUGCCCGGCGACAUCUUCAAGCCGCUGCCGAGCAGGGACGUGCAGCGCGAGAUCUACGAGCGGCAGUAUAUGCCCGCGGAUCUAGUGCGACAGCUGAGCGAAUUCAAGGUCAAGCCUGGCAAGGCUGGUGGAGGCGGGGGUGGAGUGGGUGCGGGAGGAGCAGGCGGUGCCAAGUGGAGCGUUGCGAACAUCUCGACUAAGCGCAAGGCGGUGAGUGGGGGUAAGAAGGGGAAGAGUAAGAAGAGUAAGAAGAAGAAGAGGAGCGAAGAUGAGGACGACGACGACGAGGAGAGCGAGCUCAGCGAGCCAGACGAGGACGAAGACGAGGACGACAAGGGCAACGAGAGCUCGGAUCUCAGUGAAGAAGAGUAG